AUGGCGCCCAAAGCAGCCCUGCUGGUACCAUCAAAGCGCAAGGCCUCCAUUCGUGAGACGCUCGAAAAGGUACGUUUUGAAGGUGGUCAGGUCAAGUUCGACUUUAUCGAGAAUCUGGAAACCAGAGCCCGCGAGUUACGCACCUUCCGUUGGCAGGCCCCAGCCACCCAGAACCGUCAGGAUCGUCAUAUCUAUCUCUACCUCGAAAUGAUCAGAACUCUGGAGGGCCUUCCCGAAGACAUGAGCCACGUCGACAUUCAUCCCCAUGCCUUCCCGCAGGACCAUGAAAAGCUCUUCCAGUAUCUCGAGAUGUUUCUCAUCCUCUGCUUCAAGACUACUCAGCCACGCUCGAAUUACGGCGUAGCAGAGAUCGCUUGGGGUACCCUUGCCACGUUUCGUGCAAGCAUGCUGUAUUGGGUUGCCCGGAUCUAUGGUCAGCUGAAGCGUGAUCCCCCUACCAACACAGCUGCAUUCAAUCGCAUGACCACUACCAUGAACGGCCUCAACGUCCAGGACCGCUCUUCCGUCGACCCCAUCUUUGCGACCGUCAAGACCCAUGUCGGCCUUACUGAGAUCCGGCAAUUGAUCGAAAGCGACAUGAUGCGUACAGCAUGCAUUGAGAACGCUGAGCAACACCACCUUGCCUGGUGCCUUGGACGUUUUCUUGCUCUUCGCCCUGCCUCGAUAGGUGCAGAGUCUUUCACUGGGCCUGGAAACACCCGACACCAGCCUCAUCUUGUCUGGCGCGAUGUCGUUCUUCAACGCGACCCAUCUGACAAGGGUCGGUUUACUGCUGUCAUCACCAUCCGUCACUGGAAGCAUACAAGAGAUGCCGAUGCUGAUAGGUCUGGCCCCAAGACCUACACACUUGUAUCACCCCCCGCCGACCAGCUCAUAUUCAGUGUCCCUCAUCGCCUGUUGGUUAUCGCUCUCCGUCGAGGUAUUCUGCUUGACUACAACACCAUCGAGGAUCUCCUUGCUGGUGACCUUGCCAACAUUACCAUUCGAGAUGAUCAGCUGGAUGAGCCCAUCUUCUACGCCUCAGGUCCCCGUGGCCUCGAGCUUGAUACCAGCAAGCCCCUGAAUGCGCACGCACUCACCGAUUACAUCAGAGAGCGUGGAAAGACCCUCGGCUAUCCUCACCCAAUCACGUUCUAUUCUAUCCGCCGUCGUGCUGCUACAGACCUGUCUGUCAACUACUCAAAGGAUCUGAGCCGCGAAGUCAUGAAUCACACCACUGAUAGCCGCACCCUUGAGACUUCUUACCUGGACAUUAGGCAAGGAUUCAAUCCUACAGCUGCUGGUCUGGGUAUCCAACUUGGUGCUUUCGGUCAUGACCCCGCCAUCAGUGGUCCUUCAUCGCUCGCAGUAAACACCUUGGAUCCCGCACGCUUGCUCAGAACUCAAGGCGAAGCUCUGAACCUGGUCACUCGAGAGCUGAUGGCUUCAGACCCUGAUAACUCUGCCAUUGGUACUGAUGAGUACAAGAACUACCGCCGUCGUAUUCGCAACCAAGCAUAUCGAAUCCUGGUCACUGCGCAGACCACAAUCCAGGCUCGCGAAGAUACUCUCGAUACACUCAACGAGCGUUCACUACUCGCUCAAGCGAGCCUAUUCCACGAUGAAGUCAUGCGUUACGCCAAAGACUCAACGCUGGCUAGCACUCUGGAGGAAGUACCUGGCGAGGACCGCCUGGAUGAAGCCCAGGAGCAGCUCUCCUCUGCAGCCCCUGAGGACGAGGAGGAAGAAGAUCCCGAUAGUCUCUUUGUCGGAAGCCAAGAAGAUGAGCCUGCACUUGAGGAGCCCUUCGGAGAGGACAUCACUGCCCCUGGUUCCGCAUCUCGACCUGGUGACUCCACCCCUGGUCCGUCCGCUCCUGGACCCUCCGCCCCUGGUCCAUCUGCCCCUGGACCCUCCUCACGACCUGGAAGCUCUAUCUCCUACGAGCUCAUGGCAAAGAUGUCCAUGUCUCUUAUCACUAACAAUGUUCUCUCUACUCAGCAGUUCUGGGAGACUCGAGACAAGAGGUGCCCUGCCUGUAAUGAGGACCCCACAAUGUCUCAGGAGGACAAGGACAAGGAGUACCGCUCUCUGUCUGUGUUGACCUCUCAUAUGAGCUCGAAUGUUCACAGUGGCCUUGAGAGGGUCAAGCGCCAGCUUGAGAUUAACGCCAAAGCUCUUGCGUCCGGCAGGUACUACUGCUUGUACUCUUGUGGCAAGAACUGGGCCCGUAGAAGAGAUUGCAUCGAACACAUGGACAACAGCACUGAGGCCACGGACGGCGCUGAACACGAUGCUGCCAAAGCCGCUGAUGGAUGGUACGAUGCUGGAUUCAAAGGCACUGGCUCUAUUCAAUACCACAAGGAGCUUGAGCGUAACCGCAAGCGCCUCUACCUGCACACCGGCCUUGAGUUCGAGGAGAUCCCUCAACUCCAGCACUCGAUCCCUCAUCCCACGGACCCGGAUAUUGUUCUUGGUGACUUCGCUCCGUACACUAUCCCUUCUCACCUGCAAGAUGAGAUCGUUGAGCUUUCUCCGGAUGAGCUCGCUGACCCUCAUCGCUCGGGUUGGCGUGCUUCGCUCCAGGCGGACAUUGACGCUGGCCACAUCAUUGAGUACGAAAACAUUUCAGAUGUUCCUCAGAUGCCUAUUCCUCCUCGCCUGAAGUGGCAUGUCACCGAGACAGAUGAAAUUCCCACUAUCCUCAAGAAGAAGCGCAAGACGGACAAGACUGACAACGCUGGCCAGACUGGCCAGGCUGGCCGCAGAGUCUCCUGGGCUCCUAUGCAGUAG